AUGCUGUACACAGAGCUCUCACUGAAGAUGAUCACACUGAUGUGGAUCACAGUGAUGCUUUUUAAUCAAACUGAUUCUGCACUGAUAAAUGAUCUCAAUCAGCCGAACCCAGUGAUCGCUGCUGGUGUUGGUGAGAACGUGACUCUGCACUGCUUUAAAAAGCGAGAGGAUAACCCUGAAACCAUCAUUUGGUUCAAGCAAAAAAUUGGACAGGAGCCUUCUCUAAUGGUCACAGUUCAACAUGAACCCAAAUAUAAAGAUGAGUUCAAGCCGCCAAAAUUCAGCAUCGAGAAAGAAGAAAAAACGGGCUUCCAUUUGAAAAUUGUUAAUGUGGAACCAUCAGAUGAAGCCUUGUAUUACUGUGGACUUUUGUAUUAUUGUGGACUUUCAACAAGUUUUGGAAAAGGAACCUUUUUAUCAGUGAAAGGUGAUGGAGAUGUAAAAGUGUCAGUGACCCAGAGCGGCGUGUUGGACUCGGUUCCUGCAGGAGCGUCAGUGACUCUGCAGUGCUCGGUUCUCUCUGAGAGCAGAGCAGCAGAACACCAAGUGCUCUGGUUCAGAGCUGCUUCACCACAAUCCCAUCCUCAAAUCAUUUACACUCAUCACAACAGCAGCCGUCAGUGUGAGAACGGCUCUUCUACACACACCUGUGUGUACGACUUCUCCAAGAACAUCCUCAGCAUCAAUGAUACUGGAACUUACUACUGCGCUGUGGCCGUGUGUGGGAAGAUCAUUUUUGGGAACGGGACUCGAGUACAGUUGGAAAAAUCCUGGGAUCCUGCAGUGAUCUUUCUCGCUGUAGCUUUGGGAGUGUGUGUGUCUCUGAUCUUUGUUCUUGUUUUCAGCUGUAAAGGGAGAAACUGUGAAUAUUGCUGUGUUUGA